AUGGCGGCGGCUGCGCUGAGGCGCCCGGCUGAGGUGCGUGCGGGUCCCCCGAACCUGCAGCACCUCACCGCCCGGACCCCUGCAGCCCGGGGCCAUGUGACCUUUGAAGACGUGGCUGUCUACUUCUCCUGGGAAGAGUGGGGGCUCCUGGAUGAGGCCCAGAGAUGUCUGUACCGCAAUGUGAUGCUGGAGAACUUUGCACUGAUGGCCUCUCUGGGACUUGCAUCUUCUGGGACCCAUGAAAUCACCCAGUUGGAGCAGCGGGGAGAGCCCCUUUUUCUUGCCUGUGGAGUCAUGGCUGCAGACAUGCUGAGAGGCUGCUGGCGUGGAGCAGAGGUUGAGCAACGUGUUCAUGCAGAAGGAGUACCCAGAGCAAACCUCCACCAACAGCAGAAGCUGUGCUGUGGAGAAAAACCCUUCAGAAAAGAAGAGUGGAGGCAGCGUGAGAACAACUUCCUGACCAGCUGUGGGCUCAACCACCAGGUGAUGCACAGUGUAGGGGGGCCACCCAGGAACACCGAAAGUCACCCUGAAAAAAGGCAUUACAAGUGCAGCGAAUGUGGGAAAGCCUUUGGUCAGAAAUACUUACUUGUUCAGCACCACAGACUACAUACUGGAGAAAAACCUUAUGAAUGCAGUGAAUGUGGGAAAUUAUUCAGCCAUAAAUCCAACCUUUUUAUACACCAAAUAGUUCAUACUGGUGAAAGGCCUUAUGGGUGUAGUGAAUGUGGAAAAUCCUUUAGCCGCAAUGCCGACCUCAUUCAACACCGAAGAGUUCACACUGGAGAAAAGCCUUUUACGUGCAGUGAAUGUGGGAAAGCCUUCAGGCAUAAUUCCACGCUUGUUCAGCACCACAGAAUCCACACAGGGGUAAGGCCUUAUGAGUGCAGCGAAUGUGGGAAAUUCUUUAGCUUCAACUCGAGCCUCAUGAAACAUCUGAGAGUCCACACUGGAGAAAGACCUUAUAAGUGUACUGAAUGUGGGAAAUUCUAUAGCCACAAGUCAAGCCUUAUUAAUCAUUGGAGAGUUCACACUGGAGAAAGGCCUUAUGAGUGUACGGAAUGUGGGAAAUUUUUUAGCCAAAGCUCUAGCCUCAUGCAACACCGCAAAGUUCACACUGGAGAAAAGCCUUUUAAAUGCAAUGAUUGUGGAAGAUUAUUUAGUGAGAAUUCCAGCCUCGUUAAACACCAGAGGGUUCACACUGGAGCGAGACCAUAUGAGUGCAGGGAAUGUGGGAAAUUUUUUCGCCACAGUUCCAGCCUUGUUAAACAUCGGAGGAUUCACACUGGAGAAAUGCCUUAUGAGUGCGGUGAUUGUGGGAAAUCGUUUAGCCAGCGUUUCAACCUCACUCAACACCAGAAAGUUCACAGAGAGAAGUCUUGAAUGCAGCUAACGUGGAAAAGCCUUUAACUAAAAGUCCACUCUGACAGCACAGAAAGGCUUUAUGAAUACAGUGAACAUAAAGAAUGGUUCAGACAAAGGCUUAAUUAACCUUGUUCAACACCAGAAAGUUCAGACUGGAGAAAGGCCUUUGGAGUGCAAGGCACGUGCUGUCCCUGGUCAACCUAACCUAACACAGAGGCUCUGAGAGCAGCCUUUAUCAGGGAGCCAGCAAUUGAACAUCAUCUAAUACGCACACUGAGGGCAGGGUGAUAAAUUGCUGACAUCCUGACCCUUCUGAGAAGAUAGCCUGGGAGUUCAAGGGAGAAAGAGCCCUGUGUUCUUGGUUGUAUCAUUCUGGAGUGGUGUUUUCAUCUGAGCUUGGAAGGGGGACAGAGGGAGUGGUCUUGGUUCAGGUGUGACUGGCUCUUUCUGUUCUUACUGAAUAUUAGAUUUUCUUGAAUAAAUGUUUUUUCAUUUGCUGUACACCCUUAGGACCAUUUCCACAGACAUCAUGGGAAGCAGGCCCACAAAACUCCCCACACUGUCAUGUUUGAAGUUGGUCCAC